UGCAAAUGAAUUAACCUCUAGAAACAUAAAUAUUUUUAUUAAAUAACUUAUUCGUUAAUGAUUUUGUGUUUAACAUGUUAAGUUAUGUGUUGUCAUUUUUUAGGCGAUCGUCAGAACUGAAUUUAUCUUUAGAACAAUGCCGCGAAAUUGUAGAAAAUGAAAAAACUUGGGAGGCCCCAUCUGAAGGCCCCAUUAACGAUGUUUCCGGGAGCCGAGACGAAUACGCGUUAUCCACAAGAAUUGGUAAAAUCACGGGCCGAAACGAAGACAAGUACAUUAUCGACGACGUGUAUGAAUUUGAUCCAAACAAAGUCGAAUACUCUGUAGGUUCGGAAGUCACCUAUCAAAUGAUAGUGGAGGACCAAAAAAUAUGUAUAUACAAUGUUAGCUUAAACUGCGACGACUGGAAUGUGGCCCAGGCGAAAGAAUCGACGUGGGGCACGCGUAUAAUAGUGUGCAAAGUUGACAAACGAGAGGAACGACUUCUUUAUUUAUCUCCAGGUGAUGUCAAAAUCGAUCUAAACAAAAUUUCGAUAGAUUUCUUGCCCGUCACGGGCGACUGGCUCGAGCUCGACGUCAAACACGAAGUGAACGAGCUCGCGAUCGACUUGAGCGGAAAUAUUUUAGAGGUUAACAGAAUUUCACCAGUGCGGGCUCAUAUGGAAAAAGCUACAGUCACAUCUUGGGAUCCUACGACGAGUUCAGGUAUCUUAACAAGGCGUAUAUUUUUCAAUCGAGAUUCGUUAUCGUGCGGUUACGUCCCUGUUGUCGGGGACAAGGUGGUCGCUGAAGUAAUCGAGAGCGCUCAAGACGAAUGCAUAUGGCGAGCUUCAAAAUUAAUACCGGAGUAUGUGAGUAAGAGGUUAGAUAAAAUCGAUUCGGACUCGUGGAAAAUCGAAAAAACCCAUCCCGAUAUCGAGAUCGACGACGUUAGUUUAAAUUUUUCUAGGUUAAACGUUUCUGAACGAUUUAAGGUUAGAUUAAUAAAUAACGCGACCUUGACAUUGACCUUGAUCGGUGGCGAGUUUAGUAAUGCAAAGGGACAAUGCAAAAUUUUGAGCGGAUUUCCCCCAGAUGUCGAUAUUUUACCGCGGGAAUCCUACGAGUUGGAAUGCGAGUGCAAGGCGCGCAAUAUGGGCAAAUCCAAUGAAUUUUUGGUCAUUUAUUUUAAGGAUUUUCAGGUUAGUAAAUGGGUAGAAAUAAAUGUGGAGCCUGAUAAGACCUUAGACAACGGCUACUAUCAAAACAGAUCUCAAAACUUUAGAAAUAACUACAAUUCCAAUAAUCAAUUUAUUCGGGGCCAACGAAACAGUACCGUUAGGUUUAAAGCAGUCAGAGUACCAGAUUACCCGGUGUCCAAAAAAUUGCUCGACCUGGUCGUUAGAUGUCGCGAUCUACACGACAAAAUUGGCCUCGUCGAGGAACUGAAAGCGACUAAGCGAUCUCUAUUCAGCGACCUAACCCCAAUUAACUACGAGGACAAGUUCCACGGCCUCCUGCAUUUGGACGAGAUCGAAAAUUUGAUUUGCAUACGCAACUACGACCGAGACUUGGCCUGUUUUAUAAGGAACGGCGAGUAUUUGAUGCUCGAAAUCGAAAAUUUGUCGGAAAAACGGCCCUCCAUAGUUUUGGGGGAUAGAAUUAUAGCAAGCGACCCUUUACGACAGUCCAAAGAAGACUACGAGGGUAACGUGUUCAAGGUGGGAGCGCGACACGUUUAUUUAAAAUUCUCCGCCCUAUUUCACGAAAGCUACAACGGUGAAGAUUAUUCGGUAAGGGUUGUUCCCGGACGAUCGGCCUAUAGAAGGCAACACCAUGCAGUGUUCUUGGUAGCAAGAAAUUUGGGCAAGGAGUGGCUUUUCCCCUCGAAAGUCGUCGAAAAGGACUUCCAAGUGCGGUUUGCUUAUAAAAGGUACUCGAGAGUAGUGCAGAGUGUCCGGAGGUUGGGUCCGAAGGAACUCUACCAAAUAGUGGCCGAAGAAAACAGACAGAAAAGGUUGCAGAACUCGUUGGGUGAGGAGGAAGAGGGUAAUGAUGGUUGCGAUCUUCCAAAAUUAGAAUGGUUCAAUCCGCACCUUAACUCCAAGCAAAAAGACGCGGUGAUCAAUAUCCUCAAAGGUGUCGCCCGGCCUCUGCCGUACAUCAUAUUUGGCCCCCCCGGUACCGGAAAAACCGUUACCGUGAUAGAGUCGAUCCUCCAGUUGAUAAGGUUCGUUCCGGAGGCGAGACUCUUGGUCACGGCUCCGUCCAACAGCGCCGCCGAUCUGAUAGCGCUGAGGCUGAUCGAUUCCGGAAUCCUCAAACCGGGUAACUUGGUCCGCCUGGUCUCUGUCAAUUACGCCACAGGGGACAGCAUACCUGCCAGACUCGUACCUUAUUGCGCCACGGCCAGUUACGCGAAAGAGGGCACCGCCGACGUCAAUAACGUGAUGGAGAACGGCAUGAUUUGCGAUUGCAGCAGGGCGGUGCUCGGUAGACACAAGAUCACCGUGUCUACGUGCUCGUCGGCCGGCGCCCUAUACGCGAUGGGUUUUCCCCGGGGACACUUCACUCACAUCGUCGUCGACGAGGCGGGGCAAGCGGCCGAACCGGAAGUGAUGAUACCGCUCUCGUUUCUGGACAAAUGGAACGGACAGGUGAUUUUGGCAGGUGAUCCGAUGCAAUUAGGACCGGUGGUCCUCUCGAAAAUCGCCGAGGAAUGCGGACUCGGCGAGUCCUUCCUGGAGCGAUUGACAAACAGGUUUCCCUACGCGAGGGACGCCGAAGGGUUUCCCGACUCAGGGGGUUACGACCCGAGGCUCGUUACCAAAUUGCUGUACAAUUACCGCUCGCUGGAGGUCAUCUUGGAGCUGUUCAGCUCGAUUUUUUAUCACGGCGAGCUUAUACCCACGGUUUCCGACAAACAUAGCGACGAGGCGAAGCUUUUGGCUUCUUUAAGGGAGAUCCUUCCCGAAAGGGAAGACGAGGCGGUGCCCGCGUUGGUCUUUCACGGCGUCGACGGCGAGAAUUACCAAACUGCAGACUCUCCGUCGUGGUACAACCCCCACGAAGUCGCCCAAGUGUUUUAUUACGUCAAUGAAUUGUAUAGGUUAGGUUGCGAGCCCGCCCAGCUGGGCGUCAUCACGCCUUACACCAAACAGGUGAAAGAGAUCAAGUCGGUGCUGAAGGAGGCGGAGUUUACCUUGCCGAAAGUGGGUACCGUGGAAGACUUUCAAGGCCAGGAGUUCGACGUCGUUAUAUUGUCUACAGUUAGGUCGUCUAGAGAUUAUGUAGCGAGCGACGUGGAGCACAGUUUGGGUUUCGUUUCCAGCCCUCGGCGCCUGAACGUCGCGAUAUCGAGGUCGAAGGCGUUGCUCGUCAUCGUCGGCAAUCCUAAUUUGUUGUGCUACGAUACCUAUUGGCGGACAGUGAUAGCUCACUGCGUGAGCUUGGGUGCUUACACCGGCUGUGAUUUGAAUGUGACGUGAUACAGGAGUGAACAGUUUUUGGAAUACUAUUGAUGUACUUUUUGAUAUAUGAUUUUUUUUAUUAAAUGCUCUCGAAUGAUUCAUUUUAUUACCUCGCGUAUGGCACCAUG